ACAACGCGUAAACAUGCUUUGACUUUGUAAAUGAAAAUGGAGAGUUUGCUGAAAAUACAUUUCAUUUUGAUCAUUUUUUUGGGAGAAAGGGAAUACUUGAUUGGACAAGAUGUAUACUCAGCCGCUGAUGUUAUGAUGUUUAGCAGCAACGAGUUGAUUUACUUUCACGUUGUCGAACCUUCGAAAAUCGGUUACGUGUUUAAAGUGCGUCCUGCCCGAGAUUUUGGCGACUCGUUUCACACACUCUACAAUCGUGUCCAUUUAGUUCCAGUGCAGCCGGCUCUUGCAUGCAAGGAAAUAGAAAAUUCGCAGUUGAUUUCCGGGUCGUUUGCUUUGGUAGAGAGAGGUGAUUGCCCAUUUGUAACAAAAGCAAAGCAUGCAGAAAAUGCAGGAGCGAUAGGUGUUCUGAUAGCUGAUAAUGACUUCAGUAAUGAUGAGAUCACUGUCAAUAUGAUUGGAGAUGAUUCUGUUACACAAGUCAGUAUACCUGCUGGCUUAAUGUUGGCCGAGGACAGUAAGCACAUUAAAGAGGCCCUAAAAACAGAAGGAAGGAACAGUGCAGUGAUCAAGAUUCCAGUGAAUGUUACAAAUUCCCCCGAAUUGUUUAUCAAGCAGCCACCUUGGUCGUACUGGUAAUGAAAUUUGUGCAUUAAUUGCGGAGAUUUCUGUAUUAUAAAUGUAAAUAAACCAUCAUUUAUAUUGAGAAUGAAAUUUUUUCCAAGUAUUAAAGCUUUUUAUCUGAUUUAGACAAAA